AACCUUCAUAAGGCCUAAAUUCUAUUAUUAUAGCGAAAAGUGGAGAGAAUAUUCAGGCAGACAGGCGCACAGCGGUGGCACAGAUGAGCUCAUACCUGCCAGAAAAGGUUUGGAGCCAUUUCACUGUAAACUAGCCCUGCUUCCCCUUUUCUUUCUUUCUUCAUUUAUUUAUUUGUGUAUUUAUUUAGCCGCUCACACGGCAUCCGUCCGCCGCUGCGCACUGUGCUGUUGCGCACUCUUCACCUGAAAAGGUGCGCAACGGCAAACAAGUGGAAACAGCGGAGACACGAGGUGUUAAAGGCCAAACGAACACGAGCGUUUCUGCGAAACGGCUGACGUUUCUGAGCAGGAAGCAGUAUCGAUUCCGCGGACUUCCCCGCCUCCCGUUCCUGAGAGCUACCAGGAAACACCGCGUCUAUAAGUCACACACACACACACACACACGGAUCAGCUGCGGCAGGACGGACCGACUGAGCAGCUUCUCGGACGACAUGUCAGCGCGUGUUUGUGCGCUCAUCCUGACGCUGUCAGCGCUGUGUGGAUCCACAGCCGCAUCAGGGGUCCUCAGCAGUCCCACGAAUGUCCGCCUGACCUCCUACAACAUGAAUCUGGUGCUGAGGUGGGAUCCACCUGAGGGGGCGGCCGGCGGCCUGGUCUACACAACUGAGUACAAAACCCCAGUGACAUCGUACAGAGUGGGCUGCGUGAACACCUCCCACCUGGAAUGUGACUUUACCCGCCUCAACAUCUCCAUCAUUGAAUACGGGAUAUAUACGGGCAGAGUGCAGGCGCAGGUGGGGGCGAAGAGGUCCGGCUGGGUGGAGAGUCGCCACAUCACCUUGGACAAAGACACCAUCAUCGGUUCACCCAACGUCUCGCUCUUCUCCAAUGGGGCAACCAUCGACGUCAGCAUUAAAGACCCAGUGUUCGUGGUCUCAGAACUCAGGAAUGUUUACAUCUUCGCCACUUACAACAUCACCUACUGGAAGGACGGCCAGGUGGAAAAGGCUAAAAGCAUCAGCAACAAACAGCAAAGCCGGGUGGUCCUGAGUGAGCUGGAGCUCUGGACCAAGUACUGCGUCCAAGUCCAAAUCAACACCGAGAGGAACUCCAAGCCCAGCGAGCCCAGCAAAAUUGUCUGUGAAAGCACCACCAGCAGAGAAGAGGCUCCAUGGGUGGCAGCCAUUGUGACGUUCGUCAUCAUGGCGGUGGCAGUGGCUCUGGUGGUGCUCGCAGUGGUGUAUCGGGAAAGUAUAUCCCACUUCCUUUGUCCCAAAGAUGCGCUUCCUCAGCACUUUAAAGAGUACCUGCAGGCGCCUCCCACCUCGUCCACAUACCUGGCCAUGCAGUACUCUCGCCCACCUAAAGAGAUCUACCACCAGAUCAGCAUCGUUGCAGAGGAAGGGCGCCCACUGGAGGCGGGCGGGAUGAGCUGCAGCAAACAGCCUGACGUCAGAGCGGGUGGAGAGCUGCAGGAGAAGAGGGAGAGGCUGAAAAGCACAGAAGCUGUGAAGAAGAGCUGAUCUGCAGCCUGUUAGAGAUUAUCAGAAGGGACAGACACUGAGAAACUGUGAAAUACUUGACUCGUGCGUUUAGUGCAGCAGCAGGAGUCUCGUGUACUGUGAAGUGAUGGUAUGGCAGAGCCACAGAGAUGUGUAGGUACAGGUUUGUUACCUCAUCCAGGCGAAGCUGUUUCUGUGCUGUACAGUCCUAAUGUUGCUUGCAGUAUUACCACAUGCUGUGUUUAACUGAAGGAGCAUGACAUGCACGCUGGAGCUGCCCACACUACAGUAUUUAUGCUGCCAUGGUACAAAGAGAUGAACAUCCCCCAUUCACUGUAUAUGAUCCUGUACUAUGGAUGUAGACUCUAACAAUCUGCUGUUCCAGCGGGCACAUCUUGAGUUUUAAUUUCCUCGUGACAAUAUGAAGGUUUUCUUAAUGAGACUGAAUCAGAAUUCAGUGGUGAUAGUUCAGAGAUAAACCGGCUCAAAGGUUUACACACUCAGUUUGGACUUAAAUAAAGUGAUUAUUCGAACGUG